GGCGUCGUCGUCUUGAACGUCGAAGCGGUAGCAGCAGACCGCCGUCAGACCAACCUGGCAUUGACAGGCCCCGUGCAGUAUCAUCUUGAGGACGUCGCCGCCUACACUUCGGCUUCGCCCGUCUUCGCAAACUCAACCAACAUGCCGUCCAUUGCAAGCCACCUGCUCCCCGUGCUCGCCGCGGUGAUGCUUCUCGUGCCUUCCACAACGGCCCAGCGGGGUCCCGGAGGGCGUCCCCUGUGGCGUCCUCGCAUCUCGUUCCCGCUGGACCCGAGCUCGCCCACGGUGUCCCGAGUGCCCGUCGACAUGCUCGACGACGCGGCCAGGGAGGCGCACCGCAUCAUCGUCAAGCAGAAGGCCGUCGAGAAGAGCCACGCCGCCAAAGGUCUUCGGGUGUCGCCCGUGCCGCUGUGCCCGGCGUCGGCACGCCAUAUGCAAACCAGGGUGGCUAAGGACAAAGCGAUAGCAAUGGACGAGAUGGCACACCUCUUCGAGGAGACCACGCGCAUCCUGUCGCACAAGAUGAAGAUGUUCUGGGAGGACGAGUUCCACGGCCUGGUGCGCACAGACCUGGCCGGCUCGCGACUGGAGCUGGUGCGCGAGCGCUGCCAGCGGCUCAGCAACCACGUGUGCCGGCCGGGACCGUUCCGCGAGUUGGACGGCUCGUGCAACAACCUCGAGCACUCGGACUGGGGCGCCGCCUUCUCCUGCAUGCGCCGCCUGCUGCCGCCCAGAUACGCCGACGGCGUGUCGGCGCCUCGCAUCUCAGAGACGGGCGCCGAGCUGCCCAACCCUCGCAUGGUGUCCACCACGGUGCACGUGGACCUGGACCGGCCGUCGCGGGACACCACGCACAUGCUCAUGCAGUGGGGGCAGUUCCUGGACCACGACUUCGCGCUGGCCCCCAUCUCGAGCGUGCCCGGAGAGAUCGUCGAUCUCGGAAAUCCGAACGACGUGAUCGACUGCUGCUCGACGGAGACGCGCAGCUCUCCUCGCUGCUUCUCGUUCGACAUCCCGCCGACGGACCACUUCUUCGGCAAGUACGGCGAGCACUGCAUGAACUUCCCCCGCUCGGCCAGGUGCCCGCUGUGCAGCCUCGGCCCACGGCAACAGAUGGACUCUCUGACAUCAUUCAUAGACGGGUCCCAGGUCUACGGUAGUUCGCUUGACGACAGCCUCAAACUUCGAACGCUGCAGGGUGACGGACGGCUGAAGUUCGACGUGGGACGUCGCGGCGACAUGAUCCUGCCGGCCAGCUUCCACCCGACCGAGGACAAGUGCAGCCGUCCCGAGCUGGGAGACCUGUGCUUCCGCGCUGGCGACGAGCGCGUCAACGAGCAGCCCGGCCUGACGGCCAUGCACACCCUCUGGCUGCGCCAGCACAACCUGCUCGCCAUGCGCCUUUCGCGCAUCAACCCGCACUGGGACGACGAGCGUAUCUACCAGGAGGCGCGCCGCAUCGUCAUCGGACAGAUGCAGAUGAUCACCUACAACGAGUUCCUGCCGCUCGUCGUGGGCAAGGCGUUCCACCGAGAGUUCGGACUCGAGGUGCUCCCCUACGGCUACACCACCUACAACCGACAGAUCGACCCGUCCAUGCUGAACGAGUUUGCGGGCGCCGCGUUCCGCUUCGGACACACCAUACUCAACGGGGACUUCAUGCAGAUAGACGCCAGGGGUCGCAUCGCCCGCAUCGCACUCCAGGAACACUUCUUCCGACCGUUCGAGUUCCGCGACGGCCUGAUGGAGCGCGUGAUCCGUGGACUGGCGCGCCAAAGUUCUCAGCGCUUCGACAACUUCAUCACGGACGACGUGACGAACCACCUGUACCGGCUGAACAACGAGUCGUUCGGCCUGGACCUCAUCUCGCUCAACAUCCAGCGAGGCAGGGACCACGGGAUCCGCGGCUACACCGACUACCUCAAGGGAUGCUUCGGACUCCGGGUCACCAAGUUCGAGCAUCUGGACAGCGCCAUGCCCAGACCGGUCCGGGAGCGUCUGCAGAGGCUCUACGCGCACGUCAACGACAUCGACCUGUUCACGGGCGGCGUGUCGGAGUACUCGCUUCCGGGCGGUGUGGUGGGGCCCACCUUCGGCUGCAUCCUGGGCAUCCAGUUCUGGCGGCUCAAGUACGGAGACCGCUUCUACUUCGAGCACGGGGGUCAAGCCGGAAGCUUCACGCCGGCCCAGCUGACUGAGCUGCGGAGGACGACACUGUCCAAGAUCAUCUGCGACAACAGCAUAGGCCACGAGACAGCGCAGAGGGAAGUGCUAAGGACGGUGUCUGAAAGCAAUCCCGAGGUUCCAUGCGCCACCCUACGGGGUCUAAACAUGGACGCCUGGAUCGAGGUGCCGCCCGGAGUUACCACGUAGCCGGGGCCCGGGGCUGUUUAGGCGGCCGCCGCCGCUGGACGGCCUGUCCGCCUCCAUUAUGUCUCCCCUAUGACGACCGUGCCGUCCCCUGUCGCUGGUGCCAUACCGCCUGCCGCUACACAGACGUCACUUCUCGCCUGCCCCUUGAUACGGACAUCAUAAAGUGCGCGCUGCGCCUCCAACCCCGCGAACCACGUGACCUUGUCCAAGCCCCGGAUGACGACGGUGCGCGGGACCACGUGACAGCGCCACCUUUGUAGGGGAAAGGGACGUGCCACGUGAUACACUGUGCGCCGUGAGUGUGUCUUGGUGUGUGCGUGUGUUUUGUGUCUGUUACGUGAACGCUGCGGCCGGCUACGUGUUUGGCAAGCUUUGUGCGCGUCACUCGAAGGAGAAACUGCAUGCGUUCAGAUGAAAAGACGGUGGUUUCGGUGAGGUGAACGACACGCAUUCUUUUAAAGUGCGCGGUUGAACUUAUCUCUCGUAUUCGUUCCCCCUCAGCAGCUCAUUUCAGGAUUCGAGACAGUCGUUUUUUUUUUACUUUUUCUUGGCUCAGUACGAGGCAUAGGUAUUAUUCGUCUGGAAUGUUCGAGGGACACAAACUGCCGUGUGAUGUGUUGAGAAGACGUGCCUAAGUGACUUUAUUACAUGACGUACAUGGGGGACACCGUCACGAACUGUCACGCACAGUGCGGAUUACGCGAACAAACCCUCAUGGACGACUUCUCCCCAUGCCGUGGCACGAC